CACCACCACCACCGCCACCACCACCGCCACCACCACUCUCCCAGCUCUCCCUCCUCUCCCAGUCACACAGAAACCGCAGGAGGAGACGGAGUGCAGUGAGAGAGAGUGAGAGAGUGAGAGAGUGAGAGAGAGAGUGAGAGGGUGAAGGCGAGGCACACUAUUCACCCUCCCUUGUCACCCUACCGAUCCUGUUCACCCUGUAACGAUGAUGAUGAACGAGCCAGUGCCAGUGUCCACCCCCCUGCUGGGCCACUACGAGUCCCCCCUGCCCCCCCUGUACGAGCCGCCCCCCCCUGGCCCCCCCAAGCCACGCCUCAUGUUCAAAAUGCCGCGUGUUGUGCCAGACCAGAAAACAAAAUUUGAGUCAGAUGAACUGUUCCGCAGACUGGCCCGGGAGACAGAGCAGGUGCGGUACACGGGAUUCAGGGACAGGCCGUCAGAGGAACGAAGACAAAAAUUCCAGAGCCAGUGCCGAGAUGGAUGCACCGAACUGGCCUUCGUCAACACGGGGCUCAACCUGUUCCUUUCCUUCACACCUGCGCCGGGAGGGUACUCACCUGACGUGGACUUCAACAAGGAGCCCGGGAAGGUGCAUCUCAAAUCCCAUUUCAUCAUGAACGGCGUGUGUGUGAGGUGGCGCGGGUAUCUGGACCUGGAGCGGCUGGAUGGCGUGGGCUGCCUAGAAUACGACGAGGAUUCCGCCAGGCUGGAGGACGCGAUGCUGAGGGAGGAGCUGGACAAAUACAAGGCUAGGAUUAAGGAAUUUGACGACAAGCAGAGGUCCUUCAAGCCCUUCGCCACAGCCUCCACAGCAAAGUGAGACAACAAACUGACAAACAAACAAGAAGCAAGGAAAGAGAGAGAGAGAGAGAGAGAGAGAGAGAGAGAGAGAGAGAGAGAGGAAUGUAUAUUUGAUUGAGAACAGCAAUAAUAAGA